AUGAGCGGGAAAGACGGCUGUGGCCAUCACCAAGCAGAUGAACGCCGGAAACACUACCGCCAAUUAAUUGGAACCCUUAUCUCAGUCAUUUUCGUAAUUCUCUUCGUAAUCCUCCUCAUAUACCUCAUCCUCCGUCCCACAAAACCUCACUUCACCCUCCAAGACCUCACCCUCUACGCCUUCAACAUCUCCGCCGCCACCACCACCCUCACCUCCAACCUCCAAAUCACGGUCUCCUCCCGUAACCCAAACGCUCGCAUCGGAAUCUACUAUGACAAGAUUGACAUGUACGCCACCUACCGGAGCCAACAGAUCACACUAGCAACACUAAUCCCGCCGUCGUACCAAGGCCACAAGGACAUCACUGUUUGGUCGCCGUACCUCUAUGGAACGGAUGUUCCGGUGGCGCCAUACCUCGCCAUGUCUUUGGCUCAAGAUGAGUCCGCCGGAACUGUGUUGGUUAACGUUAAAGCUACCGGAAGAGUGAGGUGGAAAGUCGGAACUUUUGUUUCCGGUGGGUACCGGUUGAAUGUGAAUUGUCCAGCGUAUAUAACGUUUGGGAACAGCAACGGUGGUUAUGCCGUUGGUCCUGCCGUUAAAUUAUGGGUCCACGUAGCUACCAAAUCACUUGAAAUCUACACCACCAAUAGAAACUUGCACAACUACCAUCGGAAAUCUACCAACACCUUGUACCACCCAACUCCCCGGUUCAAAGCUCAAGACCACCACCCUGCUUCCAUCAAGCCACCUUUCACCUCCUCCUUAUACCACCUGUUCAAAGCUAAAGACCACCACCGCCACCCUCCUGUACAAACACCAACAAACCAAAAAAAAACCCAUUCGAACACCAUCUGUCACCGCUCCAUCAUCACUACUGGAAAAAUCCACCUCCACCCUCAAACACCACAUCUGCCACCUCCAUUGCUAUCAACUACCACCAACAAACAAAAUUAA